CCGACGGCAAUGGCGCCUUAUUGUUACUGUGCGUUUGAGUGUGAGGGUAGUGUCUCCAACUUCUUUUCUUAAGAGCGGUAGUUGGUGGGUUCUGUGCAGCGGUUUGUGACCCUUUCCUCAGACAGAAGUGUGUUUUCUUCUCGUUUAAGAGCGACAGAAGCAUGAGCGGCGGUGUGUACGGAGGAGAUGAGGUCGGAGCCGUUGUCUUUGAUAUUGGGUCGUACUCAGUGAGGGCAGGUUACGCCGGAGAGGACUGCCCCAAGGCAGACUUCCCCACUGUGAUUGGAGUGACUCUGGACAGGGAGGAUGGCAGCACCCCGAUGCAGACAGAUGUGGACAAGAGGAAUCGCAGCAAUGCCACCUAUUACAUUGACACCAACCAGCUCAGGGUGCCACGCGAAAGCAUGGAGGUCCUCUCUCCUCUAAAAAAUGGCAUGAUUGAGGACUGGGACAGCUUCCAGGCCAUUUUAGAUCACACCUACAAGAUGCAUUUCAAAACGGAGCCUAGCCUUCACCCGAUGCUCAUGUCAGAGGCCGCGUGGAACACUCGUGCAAAGCGGGAGAAGCUGACAGAGCUCAUGUUUGAACAUUACAACAUCCCAGCAUUCUUCCUCUGCAAGAGUGCUGUCCUGUCCUCCUUUGCUAAUGGCCGAUCCACAGGUCUGGUGUUAGACAGUGGUGCCACACACACUACAGCCAUCCCAGUGCAUGAUGGGUACGUCCUCCAGCAAGGCAUCGUCAAGUCACCCCUGGCUGGGGACUUCAUGGCUAUGCAGUGCAGGGAGCUCUUCCAAGAGCUUGGUGUGGAAAUAAUCCCACCCUACAUGAUAGCCUCAAAGGAUGCAGUACGUGAAGGUGCCCCAGCUAGCUGGAAGAAGAAGGAAAAUCUUCCGCAAGUCACCCGCACGUGGCAUAACUACAUGUGUAAUACUGUGAUCCAUGAUUUCCAAGCCUCAGUCCUGCAGGUGUCUGAUUCACCAUAUGAUGAACAAGUUGCAGCCCAGAUGCCCACAGUCCAUUAUGAGCUGCCCAAUGGCUACAACUGUGACUUUGGGCCUGAGAGGCUCAAAAUCCCAGAGGGGCUGUUUGACCCCUCCAAUGCCAGGGGUCUGUCCGGGAACACUAUGCUGGGGGUGGGCCAUGUGCUGACCACCAGCGUGGGCAUGUGCGACAUCGACAUCCGUCCUGGUCUCUAUGGUAGCGUUGUGGUCACAGGUGGGAACACGUUGAUCCAGGGGUUCACAGACCGGCUCAACCGAGAAUUGUCCCAGAAAACUCCUCCAAGCAUGCGCCUGAAGCUGAUAGCCAACAACACCACGGUGGAGCGUAGGUUCAGCGCCUGGAUAGGGGGUUCCAUCCUUGCAUCUCUGGGAACCUUCCAGCAAAUGUGGAUUUCCAAGCAGGAAUACGAGGAGGGUGGGAAGCAGUGUGUGGACAGGAAGUGCCCUUGAUUGACUAACACCUUGAUGCCUUUACUGCGUGCAGUAUCUCAGGAACACCUAUAAUACAGUUAGCAGUUUACACAGGCAUUUUUGAGGCAUAAAGAUGAAGACUGGUUUUUGUGACUAAUCCAGGUCUUUUGUAUGAAUGCAUUAAAUACCAUGUAUUGCAGACCUGCUGUUAAAAGACCUUUUCCUACUCGGACGAGUGGAUGUUAACAUUUAAGUUUUGCUUGUUGUACAGCUCUAUUUGUAAUUCUAUUUUGAAAAGUGACUACUGACAGAAUUUAUAUAAAACUUAAGUAUAAACACAUUUUAUCAGAUGGGGAAAUAUCACCUGCACAGGAAAUAUGGAAGUGGUAUGGUUUGGAAUCUCAAAUAUGAUCUUAUUUCCAGACAA